CAGGAAGUAUUAUCCUAUCUUUCGUUAAAAAACAUUUCAGCCGCGAUAGCUAAAUUAACGCCGUAGAAUAAACAAACUAGCAUAAAUAAGCUAACAAAUGGAGGCAAUAUACAGCGUACUCGGCUUGGAGUGGAUGGGCAGCAGGAGUAUUUUGAUAUUGCUGUUUGUUUUUCUGUUGUUGACUGAUGUUUUGAAGAACAGGGUGCCGCCAAACUUUCCACCAGGACCGUGGUCUCUUCCUUUGAUUGGUGACCUUCAUCAUAUUGAUUCCACCAGAUUCCACCUGCAGAUCAGAGAGUUUGCAGAGAAAUAUGGAAACAUUUUUAGCCUUCGACUCUUUGGUGGAAGGAUUGUGGUCAUCAAUGGCUACAAGCUUGUGAGAGAGGCCCUGGUCCAAAGAGGAGAGGACUACAUGGAUCGCCCUGCCAUACCAUUGUUUCAUGCAUUAGUUGGAAAUAAAGGUCUGGUGGUAUCAAAUGGAUAUCCAUGGAAGGAGCAGAGGAAAUUUGCUCUUCGUACACUCAGAAACUUUGGUGUGGGCAAGAAGUCGCUGGAGCCAUCUAUCCAGCAGGAGUGCCAUUUUCUCACUGAGGCAUAUGCCCUUCAGCAAGGCAAGCCUUUUAAUGCCCAGUCACUGAUAAACAGUGCUGUGUCCAACAUCAUCUGCUGCCUGGUGUUUGGGGAUCGCUUUGAGUACACUGACAAGCAGCACCACAUGAUUCUUCAGAACUUCAAUGAGUUACUGUACUUGGAGGGAGGUUUAUGGGCACAGGUUUAUAACAUGUUACCCUGGCUGAUGAAGUGGCUGCCUGGACCUCACCAGAAGAUAUUCACACUGACACAAAAUAUAAUUGACUUCAUACAAAUCAAGAUCCAAGAACACAGAGAAAGCUUUGACCCCUCAUCACAAAGAGACUACAUCGACUGCUUCCUCACAGAGAUGGGAGAGAUGAAGGACGAAGAUUCUGGUUUUGACUUAAAUAAUUUGAGGAUCUGCACUCUGGACCUGUUUGGUGCUGGAACUGAAACCACUGCCACUACUUUACACUGGGGGCUGCUAUACAUGAUCUACUACCCUCACAUACAAGAGAGAGUCCAGGCUGAGAUAGAUACUGUUGUUGGCUCAUCCAGACAGCCCUCUCUGACGGACAAAGAAAAGAUGCCAUAUACUGAUGCAGUCAUCCAUGAAAUCCAGAGAAUGGCCAACAUCGUUCCCCUAAAUGUGGCCCGCAUGACAACCAAGGACACUGUGCUCGACAAGUACACAAUCCCAAAGGGCACCCUUGUCUUACCCACACUGAUCUCGGUUCUACGUGAUGAGUUGAUGUGGGAAACUCCACACUCAUUCAACCCUCAACAUUUUCUGGACCAGGACGGCAAAUUUAGAAAGACCGAAGCCUUCCUUCCUUUUUCAGCAGGUAAGCGUGUGUGUCUUGGGGAGCAGCUGGCUAGGAUGGAGUUAUUCCUCUUUUUUACCUCCCUCCUUCAGAGGUUUUCUUUCUCGGCACCCGCUGGAGAGCCGCCCACUCUGGAGUUUAAGUUAGGAAGCACUCUCUGUCCCAAACCUUACCGCCUUUGUGCCGUACCACGAUAAACCACCAACUGUCCCAAACUGUACCAUCACAAACACAAUGAAUCACUGUUUUCACUAUGAUUUUAACUAUCUGCUGUUAUUUUAUAUAAUUUAGAUGUAGUUUUCUUUUUCUCAAUCAAUAGGCCUUUUAGGCUUUU